AGCCAUGAUUCAGAACCAUAUAAAUCUAAUCUGCAAUCCAGUCCUAGGGCCGGGACGUGCAACUUCGGGCGAUUGGGUGCUUCUCUUCAUUGAAAGCCAGCGAAAAUGCCGAAGCAGAUCCACGAGAUCAAGGAUUUCCUUCUGACAGCAAGAAGGAAAGAUGCACGGUCUGUCAAAAUCAAAAGAAGCAAAGAUGUGGUUAAAUUCAAGGUCCGCUGCUCCAAGUACCUGUACACACUCUGUGUGUUUGACUCGGAGAAGGCAGAUAAGUUGAAACAGUCUCUUCCUCCAGGUCUGAGUGUCCAAGAUCUGUGAAUGAGGAGGAUCUGAGCAUGUUUCUGGGAGCUAGAGUUGUUGCUUUCUUUAGGUUCAAUGUUACGUAUUUUGAAUUUAUACUAGUGAAUGUUGACAGUAUAUUUUUGGGGGUGAUUUCGCCUUGAUUUUGAACAGAGCACUAUUAAUUUUGAUGUUCAUUGAUUGCGUCGCCUCACA